AAAAAACAAUAUCCCAUUGCCUUUGCCUUGGCAGUAAAGUGCUGCCGCAUUUUAACCUUUCGAAACCCUGUGCUAGGGAGAAAUGCCUUCACUGGGACCCGGACAGACUCCUCUACUUGAACCAUGGCGGACGCCAUCAGAUGCGCCUGCGAUUCCCUGAACUCCGUCGUGGACUACCUGGUGACCAUGAGGAUCUGCGAAAUCCGGCAUUGCCUCGAGUUCCUCGGAGUGGCACACACGGAGGUCCUCGCAGGCGUGGUCCUGUUCGUCCUAAUGCAGUUCACCAAGUUCACGGCUGUCUUGCUGUUGGCCAUUUUGCUGGCCUACGGAAUAUUCUACUUGUGGGACACCUACUUCCCGGAAAUCAGUCAAUUUGGUCACAGGGGUAUGAAGAUGUUCCGGAAUGUACGCACCUCUGCCAACUUGCCGCCUUUUACCUCCGACACUGAAGAGAGUCCUGGAGAGUACUUCAUUAGUCCAAAAGUGCAGCAGUACACCAGUGGCAUGUUAACCCCGCCAAAUGCUUUCCAAAUGCCAACGCUACUACCUAUGUUACCAACGAAAAACAUGAGGACAACCAGCCUGCAAACAGACCGCCAACGCAAGGAAGAGGAAAACAGGCGAGGAUCUCGGGGACGAGCUCACGCAUCUCAUCGGGAGUCGCAAGACCCGGGAAGACAUCGCCAGGAGCGUCCUUUCUGGCGAUCUGUUAAUCCCGAACCCGAAAGGGAGCACCACUCCUCCAAAAGAGCCAGUGGAAGUGGUGGAGGCAGUGAGUCCAAGCGGAUGUCGAAUGUCCUGCGAAUCCCGAAUAUCACCAGUGGGGUGGUGGACACCAAAAGACUUCCCGCCAUGACCAGUGAGCACCUUAAACGGCUUCCCAAUAUAACAAGUGGAGAAGAAAGGAGAAUCCCCAAAGAAACUAGAGGUUCCAACGAAUCCAAAAAGCAGCAUAAUUUAAACAGUCGAGAAGCUAUGGAGACUCGAAGGGCUCAAAAAAUAACCAGCGACACAAAUGAAUCGCGAAAAUUACCAAACAUUACUAGUGGUGAAAUGAAGGAAUCCCGACGAGGUCAAGGAGUAACCAGCAAUACCAAUGAUUCUCGACGAUUACCCAAUAUAACCAGUGGGGAAGUUAAAGAAACCCGAAAGAGUUCACAUCCACGAGGAGGUGGUGAAUCACGACGUUCAUCUCAAGGUCAUAGAGAUGGCGGAGGUGGUGGCGAGUCUAAGGCCCGUCGUCCUUCGGAUAAAUCCCAUCCAGCCCAAGGUCGACGACCGGAGGAGCAAUCGAAGCAGCGACGGAGCAACAAUGGCCAUUCCGGAGUGACUAAGCGGCAAUUUCCGGAGGAUCACUACGAGCGGUUGAAGAUAGAGAACCGGGAGUACCAAGCCCGCCGUUUGCAGGCCAGUGGUCCAGCUGUAUUCCGUCAGAUCUCAAAUAAUCCCACCUUCGAAGGAGCUCUACUCACCAAACAGGAUAACUUCAUUGCAAGUCAUCGCCAAGGCGACAGACGUGAAACCCAAAGGAAAUCCAAAUCAAGUAACCAGGGCAAGGAUGACGAUCAUCGGUACAGAGCCCAACCACAUCGCCUGCUAAAUCCGAUACUUUAGAAUGGACAGAAGCAGUAUUCGCAAAAAGUCCACAUUUCAAAGUGGGGCUGACAACGCUUCACAAACCAGCACUGAAUCAAGAAAGACUAUCCAAUUCGACGAGUAUCCCAAGACAAUAGAUAGUUGCGAUGACACCGAUGAACGGUCAAGUGAAAGCUCCUCAGAGAGCACUGUCAAAACAAAGCCGAAAAUAGAUAUAGUAAAGGAUAAGGCACCAGACAAAACGCAGAAACAAGAAUCCAGCCGUGAACAAGUGAACAAUCCAAGGGAGUAUCCCUUUGUUGUGGAGAUACCCGGGCAAGAGGAAAAAAAGAAAAAGGGGUGCUGUUUUGUCAAAUCAAAAGACAAAUUAAGCGAGCAGAAAAAGAAGGAAAAAAACUGAGCCCAAUUUCUAUGUUUAUCUAAAUUCCUGUGUUUCCUAAACAAAAUAAACACGGCAAAGGCAUUUUGUAAAAAUAUUUUGUAAUACUUUUUGUAAGACGAAAUCUUUAAAUUCAUAAAUAAAGAUAUGG